AUGGGUCCUGUGUCUCCUGACCUUGGCUUCUGUGUUCCCUCCUUGGCUGAGCCACGGUCUCCUGAGCCCCUCUCCUUCAUCGGUCCGGUGAUCAUUGGAGAGAGAGAGAGCAGUUCCUUUGACUUCAGCUUCGCUUCUGGAACACAACGCCGAGUCUUUCCACUCAGAGGCUUUCCCCUGGAAGUCAUUGGAACUUGGAGUCUGAGGAACAGAGAGCAACUCAGGAAGAGGAAAGCCGAAGUGCAGGAGAAGCAGACGUCGCAAUGGCUCCUUGGAGAACAGAAAAAACGCAAGUGUCAAAGCACAGGAAAAGGAAAUUCAAGAGGCCGAACGAGACAAAGAAGCACAAAGGUGCAGGCAGAAAAGCAAAGGGUGCAGGAAGAAAUGGAGUGCCCUGUAAGCCCUGUGACUGCAGUCCUCCCACUGGUGGCGUGCCCCCCAGAAGCUGUGCCUGCACAACACUGUGCUGAAGUGCGCCAGGCGAGAGCAAUACAGAACCACUCUCAAGCAUACAAACACACGGCCAAACCAGAAGACCUCUCUCCUAGCACGUGCCAAGAAAUGACUGCACUUCAACAUUCUCCUAAAAUGUGCCAAGACACGGCUGGACCCGAGGCGCUCUCUCCUAAAACAUGGCGGGAAACAGCUGUGCCCCAAGACCAUUCUUCAAAAGCACCCCAAGAUAUGGCUGGACCUGAGGCGCUCUCUCCUAAAAUAUGCCACGAAAUAGCUAUGCUCCAAAACCAUUCCUUCAAGGCACCCCAAGAUAUGGCUGGACCUGAGGCGCUCUCCCCGAAAAUGUGUCAGGAAACAGCUGUGUCCCAAAAUCAUUCUUUCAAGGCACCCCAAGAUAUGGCUGGACCUGAGGCGCUCUCUCUUAAAGUAUGCCAGGAAAUAGCUAUGCCCCAAAACCAUUUCUUCAAGGCACCCCAAGAUAUGGCUGGACCUGAGGCGCUGUCCCCGAAAAUGUGUCAGGAAACAGCUGUGCCCCAAAACCAUUCUUUCAAGGCACCCCAAGAUAUGGCUGGACCUGAGGCGCUCUCUCCUAAAAUGUCCCAGGAACCAGCUGUGCUUCAAGAACAUACUUUAAAAAUGUGCCAAGAUGUGGCCAGGCCUGAAGUCCUCUCUCCUAAAACACAUCAAGAGGCAGCCACUGUUCCCUGGACAACACGUGGAGAUGCUGCUGGCCCAGGAUGCUCUCCUGCAGCACCCCCACCAUCAGAUGUGCCUGAAGGCUGCCCACUUGACGCAUGCCCCAAAUCAGUCACACCAGAGAAAACCGCUUGCCAAGCAGAUCAGGGCUUGGCUGUGACUGGAGGCUGCUUUCCUGAAACACGAGAACGCAUUGCGUCUGAAGACGUUUCUAUAAAAACACGCCAAGGAGGAACAGAACCUGAAUUCAUUUCUCAUGAGAUCUACAGACUCACUGAGCCUACAGUUUCCUCUCCUGAAACAAUCCAAGACUCACCUGGGCCUGAAGAAUAUUCACCUGAAGCCUGCCAUGAAAUGCCUGGGCCUGAAGACCUCUCUAUCAAGACCUGUGAGAAAAGGGAUGGGCCUAAAGACUGCCUUCCAGAACAAACCCAGGAAGCAGGUGGGGCCCAAGGACAGGACCCUCUUGCCUACCAGGACAGUGAUGGUGCUUGUCGUUUCUCUCAAGAAAAGAAGGAAAAAGCCGAAGCAGAUCAAGAUCCAGAAACACCAUCAAGUCCACAGGGUCCACAAGAGAACUGUUCAGAAGACGACCCCGAUAGCUAUGUUCCGUUUUAACAAUACUCAGCGAUGAAGUUGCAGUCCAACCGAAUAUAGCAUACACAUCUUCUCUUGUAAAAUUUUACUGAAACAUUGUAGCAAUUGCUACAAUUUGCAUUACUGUUUUAGCUUGUGUUUUUUCCCAUGUAGAUCUUAUCUGAAAGAUAGAACUAACUUUCAAAGGCUCUAACACAUAGACAAUAGUGUGUGUGUGUGUGUGUGUGUGGUGUGUGUGCUGUCUGAGGAUGUACAUAUGUAUGUGGGAGAAGAUAGUAGAGGGAGGGAUGAAUACGAGCAGAGGAAGGGGUGAGUAGUUGAUUUUCCUUUAAGAAGAAACAUAUAUUUGGUAAUUGUGAGAAGACAGCAAUUUGAUAUGAACACUUAGUAUUUUGAAAGUAUAUAGUUCUUUUGUGAACUUUGUCAGUUAUUGGUGUAAUUUCAGAAUUUUAUUCAAGCUUUACAUGGCUCGCUGAGUUAAUCUAAACAAUUCUUAUUCUAGAACUUCUUGCAAAAUAUUUUGGAGUUAUAAACAUCAUUGACUUCUGUGUGUGAAUCUGAACCUUCUACUUCUAUUUUUUUUAAAGCUGAGUUUGUGAAAAACGUACAUUGAAUCAUCACUUGCGGGCUAAGCUGUUGCUGGAACGGGGAGGGUGGUAAAGCACCGAAUGGCAGGCCAUCUUUGUUCACUAGGGUUUAAUCUGGUCUCGUGGAGAAACAAAACAGAAAAGAAAUCAUCCGGAAAGAAAGCGAGUGCAGCAGCUUCCUCUCCGAGGAGCCUCCAGCCUGGCUCUUGGCUGUGCUGUCCUCUCCACGAGAGUGCCUCUCUUUCUUUAACCCCCAUACUUAAAACCUAUAUUAAAGUAGCAUUAACACGCUCCCCCAAAGGGAACAGUGCUGGUGCCAUAGGGAAUAGUGCUGGGGCAUGGAGACAGGAGGAGUGCUCACCUCUCCGGAGUGGAGACUUAGAGGAUUCCAAACCCCAGUUAUGGGGAGUUAACGCCUGUCCGUGUGGGUGUUGGGAAUUUUAAACCUAGGCAUUCUACAAGAGCAACAAGUGUUCCUAACCACUGAGAUUUUUCUUUUCUUUAUCGUUGAUCUUUUUGAAGACAGGGUCUUAUAGAGUCCAGGCUGGCCAGAAACUCACCUCGGAAGCAUGUGUCCCAUGCAUGGCUUCAUGCAGUGCUAGGGCUCGAACCAAGGACUUUGUACAUACCAGGCAAACACUCUUCCAACUGAGCAUCCCAGUCUGCUCUAAAAAUAAAAAGUGUGGGGGGCUGGAGAGAUGGCUCAGAGGUUAAGAGCACUGGCUGCUCUUCCAGAGGUCCUGAGUUCAAUUCCCAGCAACCACAUGGUGGCUCACAACCAUCUGUACUGAGAUCUGGCUCCCGCCUCUAGCAUACAUGUGUCCGGGCAUACAUCAAGGCAGAAUGUUGUAUACAUAGUAAAUAAAUAAAUCUAUUUAAAAAAAAAUAAAGUGUACGUAUUCUUGGGUACUAGUGAAAGUGUGUGGGUUCGUGGGUGCCCAUGCAUGACAUGCCUGUGAGACUAGAUGUUUGUCUCCCUCAGGGGCUCUCCAUUUUAUAUAUUCAGGUAGGGUCUCUCACUUGAACCCAGAGUUCAUACUUGAGCUAGCCAGCUUCUUCCAGGGGUUGUUUGUCUCUAGCUCCAGGAGGUCACUAUACCUCCCUGGCACUUACAUGGGUUCUGGCAACCCGAACUCUAGCCCCUGACAUGCAUGGCAAGUGCUUUACCCACUGAGCCAUCUCGCCAGCCCCUUGUUCUGUUUCCCUCCACCAUUGCCUAUAAACUUAUACUGGUUUCUUAGCUCUACCCAGACACCAGUGUGAAUCAAAUUAUUUCUGUUUUCUUGUUGGUUUGGAGGUCUGAGAUCAUGAAUUAGAAUUCCCCCAAGAAGCCACCUGAGCUCCACUCUGUACUGCCCUUUUCUUGUGGCAGGAAGGAGUUUGGGCAUGCUGGAACUACGUCUGAAGACUUACUGUGUGUGGCCUGGCUGGCCUCCAACUCACAGGGAUCAGCCUGCUUCUGCUUCCCCAGUGCAGAUAUAUGUGUGUGUGUGUGUGUGUGUGUGUGUGUGUGUACAUAUGUGCAGGUGCCCGUGG